AUGGCAGUGUUGGGUGAACCCAUUACGAGCACCACCAUACCCCUCCUGAAUGUUCUUGCCUUCAGAAAACGAUCCAUCAUCAGUGCACUACAAAUUAUCAGCAAUGGGCGACUAUCAGCAAACUUGUCUCCAGAUUCCUUCGAUGUUGUUGGGUUGGGUAAUGCUUGCAUAAAUGAAACAGGAUAUCAUGCUGGAAACCAGUUUGCAAACAUCGUCUGCUUCUUCAACAUCCCAAACCUGGAAGCCAUAACCGUAGCCGAGCAAGAGAACUUUCUUUGUGAUGCCUCCCUCGAGUUCUAG